AUGCUCCAUGAAAUACUGCUCUCCCUGUCGGGACACCCGUCACCCCUCCUCAGGAACGACCACUCCGAUCCCGCCGCCGCCGCCAUCCUGUCCGCCCCGGAGCGGGAGCUCCUGAGCACGGCGGGCCACCUGAGCGAUCUCCACUGCAAGCUCCUAAGCUACACCGCGCAGAUCAGCGCCUCUCACCCGUCCGUCAUCUGCCGCGCUGUCUCGACGGCCAUUAACUCUGUCCACCUGGGCGCCUUUCAGCGGAAGGUCCUGGAGGUCGAAGAGAGCAUUCUGCGCAAAGAUGCCGCGCUCGUGGGGGCUUGCAACAUCGUGCCCCUGACUGCUGUCAUUGGCGAGUUCUCGGGCUGGACGCGGCGCCUGGAAUGGCUGUGGAAUCUGGUCCAGUUCAUCUCCAGGGAAAGCAAAGGCGCCACUUGCCGGGCGGCACAGCUCAUCGACAAGCUGCGAGAUGAGCUCCAGACUGGGUAUGCUGACAUUGGGGAGACCGCGCUGAGCCUUGUUAAGGUUGCCGAGACUGCUUGGUUGAAGCAGGUAUCGACCUGGGUUCUGUAUGGACGUAUACCUAUGUUGGGUCAUAAUGACUUCUUUAUUCGGAAAGAUGAAGAGGAUGAGCAGGGAUACUCGAUUGAUGACGAGCUGUUGCCUGCUUUUGUGACACAGUCAACGGCGUCCUCGAUGUUGUUCAUUGGGACCUCUUUGAACCGAGUACAUCGGAGAGGCGGUAUGGACCCGAGUAUCAGUGGUGUCGGGCAUUUUUCUUCGCAACUGCAAGAGUUGGCCCAGUUGACAUUCCCUCUCAAUUCCGUCAUGCUGUCUCGAGCAAUCACAGCGAUUAGACUCACCUUAUCCCGUACAACUUUGCAAAAGCUCCUACCUCUGGGCAAGGUCCUUGAGAUACUCAGGAUCCUCCGGGAGUUCUUCCUGCUCGGCCGUGGCGAGUUUGCCAUGGCUUUGACACAGCAAGCUGAUGAAAAGAUUCGCAGUCGCUGGCGACGCGCCGACAAUCUUGCAUAUGAGAAGCGAGACGGACUCGGCACUGUCAUGAUCAAAGAAGGUGAAGUUGCCACUGUUCUCUCUAAAACAUGGACUGCGCUGGGGACGAUGCAGGGCCAGCAUGCGGACGAGGAUGAAGAACUUGAACUGGCAAGGGGUCUUCUGCGGUUGAACCUAUUCAAGUCCAAUCCAUCAACACCGGGAAAGGGCACAUCCGAGAAUGGUCAACGAGCCUCGCACGCCAUCGCUGCGACGCCAUUCCGAAAUCUACUGUUCUCCGUCCCUGUUACUCUCACAAUGCAGAUACCAUCCCCCUUGGACCUCUUCUUGGCGCCCACUGAUCUGCACACAUACACUUCGAUCAACUCAUAUCUCCUGUCCAUUCGCCGCGCACACUUGCGUCUCACAGAUCUAUGGAAAAUCACGUGUCUUCGGCGGCAUCAUCCACCGCCUCCCAGAGCACCAUACGGUAACACGAAAGGAGGUGUUGCCAAGACUAGACUGCUCCAUGAGCGCUGGUCUGCUCGUUCGUCCGCCAUGCGAAGCGCAUGGAGUACAAGCAGCGCCGCAAUCUUCUUCCUCGCCGAGACGGAAGCCUAUCUACAGGUAGAGGUCGUCGAAGGCCUCUGGGACGACUUCCACGGCUGGGUGACUGGCACGGAAGAAUCGGCCAGGCCGCACCACCAGAGGCCAUCCAUAUCACACCACACGCACAUGGGCCCCAGCUCCGCUCACUCUCAGGAAGACGACGACGAGCCAGCACCGGAUCAAAGUAAUCCACAAGCACCCAAGUCUUCAACAACCCACGACCCCCAGACCCUCGCCAUAGCCCACCGCCUCUACCUCCGCACCCUCGUCCGCCGCCUCCUGCUGGCGCAGCAGCGCUUCACGGACCCGCUUUAUGAUCUGCUGGUGCACAUCGACCACCUCGUGGCGCUCGUCCACCGCCUCCACGGCGUCUGGACGGCCGCCGAUCUGGAAGCUGACGAGGGUGUCGUCGACGCCUUUUCUAAUCUCGCCGCCGACGAGGCCGACGUGCGCGCCGGUAUUCGUGAUGUUGAGGCUAAGGUGAAACACGGCGUCGAGGAUGUUGUUGCUGUGCUGAGGGGUCUGAGUAUGGAUUCGGCGUUUAUGGCGGACUUUGAGGAUGGUGGCGGCGGUGGUGAUGGUGAUGAUGAUGCGGAGGAUUUUGGGGAUGAAGAUGGGGAUGGGGAGGGGGAGGGUAGGUAUGUACCCAGACGCGUGGGCGGCGUGGAUCGGUUGUUGAUGAAGCUGGAUUUUGGCGGUUGGCUGGAUUCGGGCAGGUCGAAUCGCGGACGGGAUGGUGGUGGGGAGUUUUGA